AGCCGUGGAACGCAAACACUCCUGCAUCGUAAGUCCGGUUUCCAUGGUAACUGAUCUCGCACCGGUGACUUCUACGUUCGGCUGUUUCUGUUUGUACCGGUUGUUUUUCUCUCUUGUGACCAGUGGAGAAUCGCAUAAGACCGGUAAAUUUUACAAUGAAUUUGGAGAUAAAAGGAGUAGCUGCAAGUCCUCGAGGCCAGACUCAUGUCACCUCCAAAGCUUCUCUUGCCAAGGGUUGGCGAACACAGUCACAGGCUUCAGAAACACGGCCUCAGGAAGUUCCUUGUCUUGACCUUGGAAAGCUUGGAGAUUCGGACGAUGAGGACACUUAUCUACCUUUAAGUAAAGGCUACCCAAGAUUUGGCCCUCCAGAUUCAUCCUCAACUAUUAGUUGGGGUACACCCCUGAACACUCCCUAUGCACAACAUGACCAGAAGCAGCAGAUGGUUGGCAAGUCCAGUCCAGUCCCUCACGAGCUUUCUCUAACACAGCUGAAAACCGUUCCUGAGAAUUUACCAUCAGCAUCAGACAGAUUCCGCUUGAAGUAUCAGCAGUAUGAAGAAGAUAUGAAGAAUAGCUACAGGCAGUAUACGAUAAGAGAAAAAAAUAAACAGCAUUCUGCAAGACAUAAUAAACAAGAGCAGGGUGAAAGACCUGAGGAUGGAGGUUUUGCUCUGAUAACACCGUUUGAUGAUAAAGUCCACCUUCAGCACUGCUACACUAGCAAACCUUACACAGCACAGCAUAGCCUGAGGAAGCUGGAAGCAGAGGAUCUGGCUGCAGAGAGAAUGAAACAAUCAGUUGUGGAGCAAGUUAUGAUAGACCAUCUUUCUAGAGCGGUUAUUAGUGACCCAGAACAAAAUGUAAACACAGCCUUUCCGAAUAAUCCUCAACAAGACCUGACAUCUGCCCCUCUCCGCUUCAGGAAGAGAACGUUACAUGAAACCAAGAUAAGAACAAGCUCAACACUAACAGAAAAUAUGCUGUCAAACAAGCUACGGUUUGAUGCACGAAUUAUUUGCAGAAAUGGUCGUGAUGCUUGCAGGGAAUUUAUUGGGUUCUUUUUCGCACAUGACAAGUCUGUUACAAUUUACGAAUAUCGUCAUUUUGGCAAAAACAGGACAAAUGCAUUGCCGUUCAUCCAAAAAGGAAUAUAUGUUCAUAAAUGUGGGCAAAGAAAAGGAAAACCAUAUGGAAUUAAUGACUUUUAUCCUGGAGCAGAUCUUUCUUUCUUGACAGCAGAACAUCAAAGUCUUUCAGAAAGCUUGAGGCAAAACCCAAUACUUACCAUGCGGAUCACAGCCAUCGAUGUGGAAACUUUUAAUUCUUUGAGGGCCAUUUGUGAGGGAGACAAAUGGGACCUAGGCGUUCACUGGAAUGAUGACGGGAACAUUCUUUUGGCAGUGCAAGAUGUGAUGAAGGAAAAGCUAAAGAAGAGAGGUGUUAGAACUUUAACAGGACUAGGCAAAUACUUUCGACAACUUGACAAUGGUGGAUCAGGAUAUUUGGGGAAAACAGAAUUCAAGAAGGCUCUUGAAAUGUACCAUUUGGAUGUAUCGGAGAAGAUAUUUGAGACCUUCUGGCUAAUUCUGGAUGAAAAUAAUAAAGGAAAAGUAGACUACGGAACCUUUGUCCGAGCUCUUAUUGGGGAAAUGAACGAGUACAGAAAAUCAUUUGUUCGAAAGGCUUUCAUGAAACUGGAUCCUAAUAAAACUGGUAUUGUGUCUAUGGUAGACAUAAGAAAGUUUUACUGUGCCAAAAAACAUCCACAAGUGUUGGCAGGUUCUUCAUCAGAGGAGGAAAUCAAAUCAGCAUUUUUGGAAACAUUGGAGAAUGCUUGCAGUAAUCCCCGGGAAGUAUCCUACAUUGAAUUUGAAGAUUAUUAUGAAGGACUAAGCAUUGGAAUCAUGUCUGAUGAAGACUUCAUUAAUAUUUUAAGAAAUUCUUGGGGCAUAUAAGGUUCGAGUGACCUUCAUUGUGAUUCGCCCAGUUUUGAAGGAAAGGCUUGGCCUUCACAGAAGUAAAUUUACAGUGCCACUAAGGACGCUUUCAGUGCUCAAUCAAAUAAAUGUGCAAAACGCUACCCUUGGCUAUAUGAAUUGCAGUGAAUCUGCUAUUUUCUGUGUAAUAAUUCCUAUUGGUCACACGGCCUUAUGUGGCUUUAGCAGAUUAGCUGAAAAUGUUUUUGUCUGCUACAAAAUAAUCAUUGGGUCUUUAUGCUUGCUGUUCUGGUGCAGGAUUUGUCGUAUUUAGUUUUAAGGAAAAUUGUCAUAAUGGAUGUGGUGCUCAAUCUACAGGCACCGUGGUGUCACUUGGGUUGGUGUCACUUGGUGCAGGUGAAAAUGGUAACUACAAGGCACUGAUUGCAAGCUAUCUGAGAGAGCUGCUGCGGCGGCAUUGGGCACUACUUUCUUACGCAUUUUAUUGUUUUAUUGUAUACUACGCAACAGGCGCAAGAUCUUGAAGUGCGUGGAUUUAAACAGUGCAGCUCCCUAAGAUGUCACACAAAAAAAA